UGCACUGGUUCUUGUUUGAACCCCAUCGUCGUCGUCGUCGUCGUCGGCUCAACCUCUUCUACUCUAUUCGACGCCGUCUUAGUUGGUAUCAAGGCACUUUUAUUGUCAUUUUGACAACUUCCAGUCUUGUAUAUCUCGGACUAUUGACCCCUCCUCUCUCCUCCUCCGUUUCAGCUUCUCCUCGUCCCAUCGUCGGCACACCCUCGAAAACUGCUCAAUAUCCCUCAAAAAGUCGACGACAAAUUCUCGAACACGAGAAGAAACAACUCACGACGUUUUAGACCCUUUUGGCCUCUCAUUAAUCGCCUGCUACCCUUUCUUCCACUCCAUUUACAUCAUGUUGGGCCAUCAAUUUGCCUUUUCUUCUGCUCCAGUGCGCAAGGUAAAGGAGGUGCAGUUUGGUAUUCUCUCACCAGAAGAGAUCAAAGCAUACUCCGUUGCCAAAAUCGAACACCCAGAAGUCAUGGAUGAGACUACACACAAACCAAAAAUGGGUGGACUUAUGGAUCCUCGGAUGGGAACAAUAGACCGAAAUUUCAAGUGCCAGACGUGCGGUGAAGGUAUGGCGGAAUGCCCCGGUCACUUUGGUCAUAUUGAGCUGGCGAGACCUGUGUUUCACCCUGGGUUCAUUGUCAAAGUGAAGAAGAUUCUGGAAUGUAUAUGUGUUAACUGUGGAAAGUUGAAAGCCGACAUCUCGGACCCCAACUUUGCUGACAAGAUUCGUCACAUCCGCGACCCCAAAAAACGCAUGGCUGUUGUCUGGGCACACUGUAAAACAAAAAUGGUUUGCGACCCCGAUGAUCCCAAGGAAGAAGGAGCCGAACCUGAUGCAGAAGAGACAAAGAAAGGCCAUGGUGGUUGCGGUCAUACCCAACCUCUUGUAAGGAAGGAGGGCCUGAAGCUCUUCUUACAGUACAAGAAGCCAAAGGAUGACGACGAGGAAGUCAAAUCCAUGCAACCAGAUAAGAGGCUGAUGACACCUUCAGAAGUCUACACGACCUUCAAGAAGAUGUCGGAUUCAGACCUUCAUUUAAUCGGCUUGUCAGAAGAUUACGCCCGCCCGGAAUGGAUGAUCCUCACCGUGAUGCCUGUCCCCCCUCCCCCAGUACGGCCGAGUAUCGCAGUCGACGGCGGCGCAAUGCGGAGUGAAGACGACUUGACAUAUAAGCUUGGAGACAUAAUUAAAGCCUCUGCAAACGUGCGGAGAUGCGAGCAGGAAGGGGCUCCUGCUCACGUCAUUUCCGAGUUUGAACAGCUAUUACAAUUUCAUGUCGCGACGUAUAUGGACAACGACAUAGCGGGAAUUCCUCAGGCAUUGCAGAAAUCCGGUAGGCCCGUCAAGGCUAUCCGUGCUCGGCUAAAGGGAAAAGAGGGGCGCUUGCGAGGAAACUUGAUGGGAAAGCGUGUUGAUUUCUCUGCUCGCACUGUGAUUACUGGUGAUCCUAAUCUCGAGUUGGACGAAGUCGGAGUGCCGAGAAGUAUUGCAAUGAAUUUAACGUUUCCAGAACGAGUCACCCCGUACAACAUUGUUUAUUUACAGGAGCUAGUUAGGAAUGGGCCAACCACCUACCCUGGCGCACGCUACGUAGUGCGUGAUACAGGAGAACGGAUAGAUCUCAGGUACAACAAGCGAGCGGAUGCCUUUCUUCAGUAUGGAUGGAUCGUUGAGCGCCAUCUAAAGGAUGGAGAUUUCGUGCUAUUCAAUCGACAACCUAGUUUGCACAAGAUGAGUAUGAUGAGUCAUCGGGUUCGUUUAAUGCCAUAUUCCACUUUCCGAUUAAAUCUUUCUGUUACGCCCCCGUACAAUGCUGACUUCGAUGGCGACGAAAUGAACAUGCAUGUACCACAAAGUGAAGAGACUCGAGCUGAGCUCAGUCAAAUAGCAUGGGUUCCUCGACAGAUAAUAUCACCCCAGGCCAACAAGCCUGUCAUGGGAAUCGUACAGGAUACACUUUGUGGGAUUCGAAAGUUCACACUACGGGAUACAUUCUUGGAUUGGAAUCAUGUGCAGAACAUUCUCCUCUGGGUUCCGGAAUGGGACGGUGUAGUUCCAGUUCCUGCCAUUCUCAAACCGAAACCAUUGUGGACCGGGAAACAAAUUCUCAGCCUCGUCAUUCCGCGGGGUAUCAACAUUCACCGUGCACCAGAUCCCAAAUCAUCCAAUCCUGUCUUCGACGACGGUAUGAUGAUUGACAACGGCGAAAUCAUCUUUGGCAUAGUGAAGAAGGAUACCGUCGGUGCCUCACAGGGUGGACUGGUGCACGUCGUUUUCAGAGAAAAGGGGCCCGAGGCUACGAGGCAGCUCUUCACCGGGUUGCAGAUGGUCGUAAACUUCUGGUUGUUCCACAACGGUUUUAGCAUCGGUAUUGGCGACACGAUUGCGGAUAUGGAAACCAUGUCUUACAUCACCCAAACCAUCGCGGAGAGCAAAGCAAACGUCGCGAAGAUCAUAGAGGAUGCUUAUCACGACCGUCUCAAAGCUGCACCUGGUAUGACCAUUCGUGAAUCAUUCGAGAGUUUGGUGGAGCGACAGCUUAACCUUGCUCGUGAUACUUCGGGUCGGUAUGCGCAAAAGAAUUUGAAGGAGGACAAUAACGUCAAGCAGAUGGUGGUGGCAGGAUCCAAGGGUUCCUUCAUUAACAUCUCGCAGAUGUCGGUUUGUGUGGGACAACAAAGUGUGGAGGGAAAACGUAUACCAUUCGGGUUCCGCCAUCGGAGUCUGCCUCACUUUACCAAGGACGACUUCAGUCCAGAAGCGAGAGGCUUCGUCGAGAAUUCUUACCUUCGUGGGCUGACGCCGCAGGAGUUCUUCUUCCAUGCAAUGGCUGGAAGAGAAGGUCUCAUCGAUACUGCUGUUAAGACCGCGGAGACAGGUUAUAUCCAGCGUCGAUUGGUGAAAGCGUUGGAAGAUGUGAUGGUAUGCUAUGAUGGGACGGUCCGGAACUCCCUCGGGGAUCUAAUUCAGUUUGUCUACGGUGAAGAUGGCAUGGAUGGAGCGUUCAUCGAGAAGCAGAGUACGGAUACGUUUGGACUCAACGACAGGGAAUUCGAGCACAACUAUCGUGUCGACGUCACAGAUCCUAGUGGUGGGUUCCUUCCUGGAGUGUUACAGAUCGGCCUCGACGACAGUUCAUUGGAGCUUCAAUCCAAACUCGACGAAGAGUAUGCUGUGCUCUGUGAAGACCGUCGCCUACUCCGGAACUUCAUUUUCUCAAGGCAAGAUCCGUCGGUCAACCAAUACCUUCCCGUCAAUUUGCAGCGUAUCGUCCAAAAUGCUAUCCAGAUCUUCCAUAUCGACAGGCGAAAACCCAGCGAUCUCGAACCCGCGUAUAUCAUCGACGCAGUGAAAGAUCUUUGCGACCGGCUCAUAGUCGUCCGUGGAAAUGACCCGUUGAGUCGCGAAGCGCAGGAAAAUGCUACCCUUCGCUUCAAAAUGCAUCUUCGUGCUAGCUUCGCUUGUCGGCGAGUUCUGGAGAGAUUCCACCUUAAUCGAGAGGCUUUCGAAUGGGUUCUGGGAGAGGUCGAAUCGAAGUUCAAUCAAUCCGUGGCUAACCCAGGAGAAAUGUGCGGAACACUGGCUGCACAGUCUAUUGGAGAACCAGCAACGCAAAUGACCCUCAACACCUUCCACUAUGCCGGUGUCUCGAGUAAGAACGUGACACUCGGUGUACCUCGUUUGAAGGAAAUCAUCAACGUGGCCACCAACAUCAAAACACCGUCCUUGACUGUCUAUCUCGAACCUCAUGUGUCAUCCGAUCCAGUGUUGGCGAAGAAUGUUCAGCAAGAACUUGCCUAUACAUCUCUUCGGACGGUCACUGCAGCGGUAGAAAUCUGGUAUGAUCCAGAUCCCAGCUCCACCAUCAUUGAAGAAGACCAGCUCUUCGUCGAGUCAUUCUUCGCCAUUCCCGAUGAAGAGGUCGAGUCCAAGUUGCACUUGCAAUCGCCAUGGCUGCUUCGUCUCGAACUCGACCGUGCCAAAAUGAUAGACCGUAAGCUGACCAUGAACUACGUCGCCAGCCGCAUAGCCGAAAGCUUCAAAACCGAUCUUUUCGUCAUAUGGAGUGAAGAUAACUCUGAGAAGUUGGUAAUUCGCUGCAGGGUACUCGGUGGCGCGGAUAAGGACGACGAUGGUAUGGAAUCAGUGGAGGAAGACAUAUUUUUACGGCAGCUCGAGAACACCAUGCUCAACUCUGUCAGCUUACGAGGUGUCCGAGGCGUCAAGCGUGUCUUCCUCAUGAAACACGACAAGGUCGAGUUGAAAGACGAUGGCAGUCUAGUGACGGAGAAAGAGAAGGAAUGGGUGCUGGAAACAGAUGGUGUCAACUUGAAGACAGUUAUGUGCCUCGACGGUGUCGAUUUUACGCGCACUUACUCGAACAGCUGUGUGGAGAUAUUCAAUGUUCUUGGAAUUGAAGGGGCACGGGCUGCGAUCAUGAAAGAGUUGCGUAAUGUCAUCGAGUUUGACGGUUCAUACGUGAACUACAGGCAUCUUGCUCUCCUCUGUGAUCUCAUGACCCACCGUGGAAGUCUGAUGGCUAUCACUCGACACGGUAUCAACCGUGCUGAUACUGGUGCGCUCAUGAGGUGUUCGUUCGAAGAGACAGUCGAAAUUCUAAUGGAGGCAGCGGCUGUUGGAGAGAAGGACGAUUGUCACGGUAUUGCAGAAAAUGUGAUGUUUGGUCAAAUGGCGCCGAUGGGGACUGGUGCUUUCGAGGUUGCGCUUGACAUAGACAUGCUGAAAGAUGCCAUUGUGGAUCACCGUCUACCUGUCCAGUCCAUGCUUGCUGCCCAAGUCGAUGGCGGUAUGACGCCAGGUCAAGUAGCGAUGACACCGUACGAUUCCAAUUCGCCGAUGUGGCAAGAUCAGGCAUUCAAAGCCGAUCAGGCUGCUUUCUCUCCUCUCGCAGUGAAUGGUGGAGACGAAUCAAGUAACUUCCAAUGGAUGCCUUAUGGACAGAGUCCUCUUCAUGGCGCCAUGUCGCCCGCAGGCCCUGGGUACAGUCCAAGCUCGCCGAAUGCAUACUCUCCCACCUCUCCUGGCUUUGUACCGCAGUCACCGUUCGGUGGUGCUACCUCACCAUUCGGUACCUCUCCUCAUGCAACAUCACCUUUUUACGAACCUGGCAGAGGAGCAACGUCCCCUACCUACUCACCUACAUCCCCUGCCUUCAAUCCAACCUCGCCUGCAUAUUCUCCUACAAGUCCCCGGUAUUCACCAACGUCACCAUCAUUCUCUCCGACUUCCCCACGGUACAGUCCGCAAUCGCCUUCCUUCAGCCCAACUUCUCCUCGCUACUCUCCCACUAGUCCCUCGUUCAGUCCGGCGUCCCCGCGGUACUCUCCAAGCAACAUGUAA